CUCCCGCAGUCUCAGGAAGCUCCUCAGUGAAGCUCAUCGAAUCCGCUUAGCAUUGACAUUCUACAAUCUGACGCAAUGGAGGCGCAAUAUUUGACGCACCAGGAGGCUGUGCAGCGCGAAGCGCAGAGGAUCGCCUCUCUCUCCGCCUGGAAGCUGCUGCGCUCCCGCACACAGAGAGGGGGCAUGCGGCUGCACCGCUCCCUGCAGCUGUCCAUGGUGAUGCGGAGCGCUAGGGACCUGCUCAUGGCCCCUGUGUAUGUCCCCCAGCCCCUGCCUCCCCCAGCCGCGGCCCCGGGGGCCAGGGAGAGCCGCAAGAGAAGGAGCUGCGAGUCCCAGAUGUUGGAGCUGGUGCCUACAAAGAGAGCCUGUCUGUGGCAGGAGACCCCCUUACCCCAGCCACAAGGGGGCGCCUUCCCUGGCCUGGCUGAGGUUCUCCAGAGACUGCUGGGGUCCUCGGGGCCCCCCCUGCCGGGAGGCUGCCGGGCCCUGGGAGCAGGGGCCAUGCCAGCGGUGAUCAGCAGGGCUGUCGAGGCUUUCUGAGAGACACGAAGCAGAGGAGGGAAUUAUCCUGGAAUUGGGGAGACCGAACCCCAACAUCACUGGAGGACCUUCAGCACCCCCAGGUUAAAGGGUGCAGGUGGAAUGGCUGCCCAGAGCAGGGCCCCCAUGGACAGGUACAGGACUGGCCCCCCAAAGUCAGGUGACUGAUGUGGGUCACAUGGAACUGUGGGGAGACCCCCCCAAUACUGGCAUGGACUGGGGGGUGAUACCUGGGCCCAAGGAUCCAGCACAGGAAGGGUUAAAGGCACCCUGGCCGGUUAUUCCGGGAAGAAACCAGUGACUCAGGACAGUAUCUGCUGGCUGAGUCAGAGCUGACACUCAGUGAGUGGGCAGAAAAGCUCACACCCUCUGUUUAAAGGGCCAGCUCCUCUUUUUCUGAACUAGAGACUGUUUUAAUGGGCUGCAGGCGGCCCUCAUCCAGGCUGGCUCACAGUGAUGGGACUAACAUGCAUACAAGCUCCGCCCCUUAGAGUGCCAGAGAGCCUCAUUCCAGCUGGCACUCGGACUGUUAUAGGGACCUCAUCCCGGGGUAGGAUUUAAAGGAGCCGUAUGCGAUUUCCAAGACUUUGUUUCAUAUUCCAAGUGACCAAGCUCUCCUUACACGGUAUAAGCCGCUGUUUGUAUUGUACGGUGGGGGGGUUCAAUGGUUAUAAUGUGGGACAAUGUCUGAU